AUUGGACCCAAUUAGCUCUUAGACUUAACUCAACAUUUUUAACAUACGAAAUAAAAGUGUCCGUCUUUCUCCCAGUGCGCAUCUUCACCAUCCUCAACUGCUUUUAUGAACCAGGACCGUCAGGUAAGGCUCUGUCAGUAUGCCUCCUACAGAUGCCCAGCGGCGGGAGGAAUUUGUUCAUCCAACCGCACAACAUGCUAAAAAGAGAGGACCAACGCCGUUCAUGAUUGAGCCAAUAAAGGCCUUUUAUGUCUUUCUAAUUGCCAAUUUCAUUGCAGCAUUAUUUGCACCCAUCCAAGAUUGCGAUGAGACUUUCAAUUAUUGGGAGCCAACUCAUUAUCUUUCUCACGGCUAUGGCCUGCAGACCUGGGAAUACUCGCCAGAUUAUAGCAUUCGAAGUUGGUCUUACAUCGCACUACAUGCUAUAGUCGGUAAUAUCCGGAGGCUACUACCACAGUCCACGAAGGUCUCCGAGUUCUACUUUAUUCGUUAUAUCUUGGCAUUCGUCUGUUCACUAUGCCAAGUACUUCUAUUCCGCGUCGUCAGUUUUACCCUGAAUCCUCGGAUAGGCCUAUUCUUUCUGAUGGCUACGGUAAUGUCGCCGGGAAACUUCCAUGCGAGCACGGCCUAUCUACCAUCUAGCUUUGCCAUGUACACCACUCUACUGGGGACCGCCGCAUUCAUGAAUUGGAGAGGUGGAAUCAAGACCUCCUGGGGUAUCUGGUGGUUUGCCGUCGGCGGUAUUUUGGGAUGGCCUUUCGCAUCCGCCCUAUGUGCCCCAUUCUUAAUUGAAGAGGGUAUCUUUGCUGUUGUUGCCCUGUUGAGAGAUCGCCAGCGUUUCUACGAAGCUGUUGUCCGAGUCAGCAGAGGUGUCAUUGCUGCUCUCCUUCUUCUUGCCGGUGAUACUGCUAUAAACACUUUCUUCUACAAGAAGGUGGAAGUGGUCUCGUGGAACAUAGUCAAGUAUAACAUAUUUUCCUCGACAGGGGGUCCGAAUCUCUAUGGGACAGAACCGUGGACGUUUUACUUCCGGAAUCUUACCAUCAAUUUUAACAUGUGGUUUAUUCUCGCCUUGCUAUCUCUGCCGCUAUUCCUUAUACAGAAAGCAUUUUCUGCGAAACAGCAUGGAUUUCAAUCAGGAAUACGCACCGUUGUAUUCCUUUCCCCCUUUUACAUGUGGCUUGGCAUAUUCACCAUUCAGCCACAUAAGGAGGAGCGAUUCAUGUACCCUAUGUAUCCAUUUGUUGCUUUGAAUGCCGCCAUAGGAUUCCACAUCCUCUUGUCAGGGUUUGGUAAUUCCGACCCGAAGACUCUCAUUGGAAAGAUCCCAGCACGUCUAAAGCUUCUAACCGUCGUGGGCGUGCUGUUUCUAUCUUUGAAUAUUGGUAUAGCUCGCAUUCUCGGCGUGUUCUUGGCCUACUCUGCGCCUCUUAAGCUCUACCAACCACUUGGAGCAGGCGUAUUCGGCCAGCAGGGUCUAGGCGGACGUGGCGAUCACGUCUGUUUCGGAAAAGAAUGGUACCGCUUCCCCAGCUCUUACUUCCUACCUCGAGAUAUGCAUGCAAAGUUCAUUCGGUCAGAGUUCCGCGGACUACUGCCCGGAGAAUUCUCCGAAGCGCGAACUGGCUUUGGCUUCUGGAGUGGCACAUGGUUACCAACCAAGGGCAUGAACGAUCGUAACGAGGAGGACAUGAGCAAAUAUGUGGACAUCAGACAAUGCUCAUUCUUGGUCGAUACACAGUAUCCGGAGAAUCAUGACCCCCUACCGCCAAAUGAGCCGGAUUACAUUGCUGACGAGGAGAACUGGGAAAUCGUCAAGUGCGAACCUUUUCUCGAUGCGGGACGAACCCAUCUUGUAGCGAGAGUACUCUGGGUGCCCGAUUGGAGCUUCGUGCCCGAGAAAUUUAGAAGGAAAUGGGGACAACAUUGCUUAUUGCAGAGAAAGGGAUGAACUAAGGCUCUUGGCCUGGGCACCUGUUUUCGCGCUAUGAGUGGCGGAGUUGAAUACUGUAAGCGAAUUGAAUAAAUGAUCAACACAGCUGAACAUCUUACCCCUCGAUUUUGACCUUCCUCGACCAAUGACUGCUGGUAAUCUGUUAGAUGCGUUUAAAAUGCCGUCGACAUGGCUGAAAAUAAUGUAUCUAAGGAUGUGUCAGGCGGUAAAAGGCGGGAUAAUAAUAAGCAGCUUAUAGACGGGGCUUUUGCCCCGUAAUUACCUUGCGUUGACGCGUAUUAACAACACAGACAUACAGGCAUCACCGAUAUUUCAGCAAACCCCAUUAAGGGCUUUCUGCACAUAACCAGUCACAUACAUAACCUGAGCUCUGGCUUUUUCGGUCGGAUUUAAUCGUGGUUUGUCAAGCUGCGUUGCGUUCUAGGCGGUCUGAUCUCAGUCACAUACGCGUCAAGUAUAGUGCCGUACGUAC